AUGAGCACUAUCGAUGUAGAAAAUCAUGGAGAAAACGUUCCUCCGUCGUCUCCUAUUCAGUCGUCACGUUAUGAAACAUACGCAUCAAAGCCAGUAAAUCAAGUUAAAAGCUUCGUGGGUGCAAAAUGUACUACUGUUGUUGCUUUUUUUCGAACUAUUUAUGGAAUAUUAAAUCUUGUAGCAAUUGCACUUGUUUGUGUAUUGAUUAGCGCUGGCCUAGCUAAUUCUGAUACAACACGUUUAACGGAUGGUCUCGCAGGUCUUUCCAGCGUCAAAAUUAGUGCCUAUGAUACACGCAAUUCAAUUCUGGCUUUUGCGGUGAUUGUACUUUUUCUUGUUCUUGUGGAUAUUAUUGUCUAUACGACUGGUGUUAUUAAACGUUUACCAAAAAUAUUUGAUUUAAUUUUUAUGAUUACUAUGUUUGUCAUGGCUGUUGUCUUACUUAUUCUCGGAUGUUGUUCAUCAGCAUGGGCAAAAAAAGGGUAUGAUACUAAGGUGGGAGGCGGUAGUAGUUGGGGCAAUAUAGCUGCUGCUGUUGCAUCAGCGAUUUUUCUAUUCAUCGCUAUGAUUGCUAUCAUUGCCAACUACGUAUUACGUAUUUUUCGUCCAAUACAACGUGAUAAGUUUUAA